AUGUGGGCGCUCAAGCGGGUGCACGAAGCGGUUGUGGGGCUGCUGCUGUGGCGGGGAACGGCGGAGUCCCGUCCCGCCGCCUCGGAGGUGCUGAGCCAGCACCUGCGGCAGCGCCGUUUGCCCCACUGGACCUCGUACUGCGUGAAGUACAGCGCUGUCCACAACGACCAGUUCGGCCUCUCCCACUUCAACUGGCGGGUGAACGGCGCCAACUACCACAUCCUGCGCACCGGCUGCUUCCCCUUCAUCAAGUACCACUGCUCCCGCGCCGCCCCGCAGGACCUGGCGCUGCAGAACGCCGCCUUCACCGCCCUCAAGGUUCUCAACGCUGGCAUCCCAACUUUGCUAUAUGGAAUUGGCUCCUGGUUCUUUGUCAGUGUCACAGAGACUGUUCACACAAGCCAUGGCCCAGUUACUAUUUAUUUUCUAAAUAAAGAAGAUGAAGGUGCCAUGUACUGAAAUCCUGCCCUCAAGUUACCUGUCUUUUGGUGGGUUUCUGUGUUGCAGCUGCUGCAAAUAUCCGCUCCCUCUACCUCAAAACAACUGAAGGCAACUUUGUUGUUGCGUUGUGUUCUCUUAACAUGCUGUCUUCAGGAAGCUUGGUGGACUUUGUGGGCAGAAGAGAUUUAUUUUUGCAGAGGUCAGUAAACUUGAAAAAAAUUAGAAGCUGUGGGAAAAGAAUUAAUAUUCCAGAGGGUGUUUAGAAUUUAUGGAAAUUAGUGACUGGCAGUGCUGAACAAACUUGUGACCAUUUAGAGAUAUAUCUGCCAACUUACAGAGCUGAGUUGUGGUACAAGGGCAAGGGAGGUGUGAAUACACUGGGCAUUUUCAGAAUGUCUCUGGGAAGACCUAGCUGCUUAGGUUUAGACUGAUGAGAUGUUUCAUAAUGCACUGAUAGUAUAUGCAGUGCAUUUGAAUGAAUCCGUGGCACUGCCUAGUCAAAAUUACCUUGAAGACUAUGGAGAAAUACCACCUCAGAAGUUAAAA